CACUCUUCACUCCUGUCCGCUAGAUGUCAGCCGCGCUUAGUUACAUUUUAACCGCGAAAUUCAAAACGAAGAAGACAGAAGAUGGACAAGUUCUGUGAGGAAAAGGUUAAGGUGCAGUUUGGUGUUAAGCUUCUGGACGCCGUUCUGUGCGUCCCUACCCAAGCAGGGGCUGUACACACGGCGGUCGUCCUGACCCACGGGGCGGGCGGGGACAUGAACUUCAAACACCUGGUGUCCGUCGCCCAGGCCCUGGCGUCUAGUGGGUCGCUUUGUCUGCGGUUUACCUGCAAAGGUUUAAACCUGCCCUACAGAGUUAGAGCCUACAAGGCUGUGUGGGAAUACUUGAACACGCUGGAGAAGUUCAGCAUCAGACACAUAUUCCUUGGAGGCAGGUCCAUGGGCUCCCGGGCUGCGGUGGCCCUCGCCCGGCAGCUGAGCGAGGCGGCCUCGGCGGAGGCAGUAGCGGGCGUCAUCUGUCUGUCGUUCCCCUUACACCCUCCGAGACAGACGCACGCCCACCGUCAGCGCAGCGAGGAUCUCCGGGGACUCCCCGAGGAGAUGCCCGUACUGUUCGUGUCGGGCACCGUGGACGACAUGUGUGACAGGGCCCUUUUAGAAACAGUGGUGAAGGACAUGAAGGCCCCAGUAGAUGUUUUGUGGCUAGAAGGAGGCGGCCACGGGCUCGCAGUGCGCGGAAGGUCGGAAGACUCCGUGUUGGAUGAGGUGAACUUGCGGGUCGUCACUUGGACUUUGAAACACGCAGCACACGUGAAGGACCAGAGCUGAGGGUCCUAGGACUGUAUGGCUUCGCUCUUUUGAUCUUGAAUAAAUAUCUAUCUUAAUAGUCUAUAUUACAGCCUACUACAGGCGCGUAAUGCACUUUCACGCUGGUGGUCCUCACUGCAAGUGCAGAGCCAAUAGGUGGAGACUCGCAUGUCGCUUUGGCUAUCAGCGUGUAUGUGGAGCUUGACCUCCAGCUCCACUAACAGCCCCAACCCCGACUAAUGUCCAGCCCAUCCCCAACUCAAUCAUACAACCUGGUAGCCUCUGGCGGGCUAUUAUUAACAGGAACAUGAAUAAUGCUCAUGCUAUUCUCUACUGUUGAGAGGUUAAGAAAUCCCCCAACUGGUGCUGCUAGGGUGCUAACUAGGACUAAAAUGAGUGAGCACAUCACCUCAAUCAUAAAGUUCUUACACUGGCUUCCAGUUAUUUAUAGAAUUGAUUUUAAAGCUCUACU